GUUACCCCGGAAACCAGCGGCCUCCGUUACCGGCGGUUUCCUCGGUGUGUGUCGGCUCUGCUCGGUGUGUCCGCCGGUACCGCGGUUCCGUUCGGUAUCCGUCUCCUGUUUGUGUCUCCAACAUGGCGGCCUCCGUGCACCUGUUUCCCACUUGCGUCUGUCUCGUGCUGCUGUGUCGCCUUCCCGCGGCCGUGUGCUCGCGCAGGGACGUGCUCGAGCUCGGGGAUGCGGACUUCGACUACCUGGCAACGGAGCACGAGACCAUGCUGGUGAAGUUCUACGCUCCCUGGUGUGGUCACUGUAAGAAACUGGCUCCAGAGUUUGACAGAGCAGCGACUCGACUGAAGGGAAGUGUUCGGUUAGCAAAGGUGGACUGUACGACUCACUCAGAGACCUGUGGACGGUUUGGGGUUUCUGGUUAUCCCACUCUGAAGAUCUUCAGGUAUGGCAGAGACUCCGCCCCCUACGAUGGACCUCGCACCGCAGAGGGGAUCUAUCAGUACAUGAAGAAGCAGACGGGUCCAGACUCGGUUCUCCUGAGGACCAAAGAAGAUCUGCAGGCCUUCGUCAACAACUACGACGCCAGCAUCGUCGGUGUGUUCUCAGGUGCAGACAGCUCUCGUCUGGCUGAGUUCCUGAAUGCAGCAGGUCUCCUCAGAGAACAGUUCAGGUUCGCUCACAGCACUGAUCUGCAGCUGGCCGAGGAUCAUGGAAUCCACUCAGAGUGUGUGCUGCUGUUCAGACCUCCCAGACUCUCCAACACGUUUGAGGACAGUUUGGUCGUCUUCAAAGACUAUCUGACCAUCGGCUCGCUGAGACGCUUCAUCAGAGAUCACAUUUAUGGCCUGUGUCCUCACAUGACCCUGGAGAACAGAGAUCGUCUGAGAGUUCGUGACCUGCUGACGGCGUACUAUGAUCUGGACUAUCAUCACAACGUCCGUGGGUCCAACUACUGGAGGAACAGGGUGAUGAAGGUGGCAUCUAAAUAUGGUGGGCGGGGCCUAACAUACUCAGUAGCCAAUAAGAAGGACUUUCUGUCUGAACUGGAGGAUGACUUCGGUCUGGGGACGUCAGACGGAGGAGAGCUGCCGUUCGUCACCAUCCGGACCAGACUGGGCCACAAGUACACCAUGAGGGAGGAGUUCACGAGGGAUGGUCAGUCUCUGGAGAGGUUUCUGGAUGAUUACUUCGCAGGUCGACUCAAACGAUAUGUUAAAUCAGAGCCGGUACCUGAGAGAAACACCGCUGACGUCAAGAUGGUUGUUGCCGAGUCCUUUGAUGAUGUGGUCAAUGAUCCAGAUAAAGAUGUUCUGAUCCAGUUCUACUCUCCAUCCUGUCCUCACUGUAAGAAGCUGGAGCCGGUGUACAGGGAGCUGGCUCACACGCUGUAUUAUGAUCCGAAAAUCGUCAUCGCAAAGAUGAAUGCUGUCGAAAACGACGUCCCACUGGGAUACGACGUCCAAGGGUUUCCCACCAUCUACUUCGCUCCAGUGGGGAAAAAGGACGAACCUGUACGAUACGAGGGUGGUCGGGAGCUGCGAGACUUCCUGAACUUCCUGAAGCGUGAAGCGAGUCACAGUCUGGUGCUCAGCGGGUCGAAGGAUGAACUCUGACACGUCUCCAUCCACCAAUCAGAGUGACUGCAGAGAUACAACCAGCUGGUCUCCAUGGCAACAACAAACACGUGGAGGGAAGGGUUGGGUGGUGGGGUUCUGAUCAUCAGACAGACUUGGACCUGAAUCAGGACGUGAGGACAGCUGCUGUCCAAUCAGAUUCCUCUGUUAUCCCCAGAAACACCUGCCCAUUGUGAUGUCACAACGCCUGUCAACUGCCUCACUGGAUGAAUUUAUUUAUUUAUUAUAUUUUAUUUAUUUAAUUUAUUUUUUUUCAUGCUGGGGGCUGAACUACGAAAUGAGGUUAAUGUGUCAGCCAGUGUGUUGAGCUUAAAGUCAUAGGUUUUAGUAUCAGGAAGGUGGCUCUGUUUUAACCUGCUAGGAUCACCAUGGCAACCGAUGCUGUGGAGUUAGAUCUCCAUGGUAACUGAUGCUGUGGAGAUAGAUCUCCAGGGUAACUGAUGCUGUGGAGCUACAUCUCCGGGGUAACUGAUGCUGUGGAGCUAGGUCUCCAUGGUAACUGAUGCUGUGGAGCUAGAGCGCCAUGGUAACUGAUGCUGUGGAGCUAGAUCGCCAUGGUAACUGACACUGUGGAGAUAGAUCUCCAUGGUAACUGAUGCUGUGGAGUUAGAUCUCCAUGGUAACUGACACUGUGGAGAUAGAUCUCCAUGGUAACUGAUGCUGUGGAGCUUGGUCUCCAUGGUAACUGAUGCUGUGGAGCUUGGUCACCAUGGUAACUGACACUGUGGAGAUAGAUCUCCAUGGUAACUGAUGCUGUGAGCUUGGUCUCCAUGGUAACUGAUGCUGUGGCGCUAACCUGGUCCAAAUUCUGUUCAGAGUUUAGAUUUAAAUUGGCUGUAAGAAGCGUCUCCCUUUAACCAGAUCGUUUCCUGAUGACUCUGAGUGAGUAAACCUGCUGAUCUGUAUGUUACUAUCAUGCACUACGUGUUCAGCUGGUGAUGCAGAAAUCACAUAAAUAUGUUUUUACGUUUAGGUCUUUUUACCAUCAUAUAUUUUUAUAUUUCCUGUUGUUCUCCAUUAAAACAGCCUGUUGACUGAAGGACGUGCACAUGAUCAUUUAAUUAGUAAGAGUCAAUUGAUGCGUUAAAUGCCUCCUUUUGUGUAAACGGAGUCUGAAGGAGAAAGUCUGACUUAAAGAAAGUUGAAAACCACCUUUUUGAUGCCUGUUAACUCUGACUGGAAUUUUAGUUUUUAUUGAACCGACUUACACAAAGAAAGCCUUGAUAUGUUGAACUGACCUCGUAGUUCAGACCUCUGGUCUGCUCCAACACAAUGCGGGUUAUUUGUUUAUUUCAUCGUGUGGAAUUUAUGUUUUGCUUUUUGAAGCGGUUUCAUUUGAAAAGAUUUGUGUCAAACUGCUGGAUGUUUACUGAUGCAGAAUCUAUUCUGAGCCUUAUUACUGUCAGAGACGGUGCUGGGAAGCUUUAAUAAAACACUGAUAUCUGA